GUUUUGUCGUAAGUUAUUUGUAAAACUUGAAUAGGCAUACCAUGGCUCGCGUGUCAGUAGAUAAUGUUUGGCAAUUUCAUAUUUGAUUCUUUCUUGUUUCAUUUGAUUUUUUUAGUGUUUCAACAAUUUAGUUUAUCUUCAUUCGCCACUAUUCGCCCGGUGAUGUCUACCUAGAAGGCCAAAAUUGCGUGGCCAGAUGUGUGCAAACCGAAGAAAGGAGGGUUAGGGCUGAGAUCGCUUGAAGAAGUAAACAGAGUUUCCUGUCUGAAGUUGAUAUGGUGUAUUCUGUCCUCCAGAUCAUCCAUGUGGGUUCAAUGGAUACAUAAAUAUCUCAUCAGGAAAGGUUCCUUUUGGAGUGUAAAAGAAUCAUGUUCUUUAGGCUCUUAGAUGUGGAAGAAAUUGUUAAAACUCAGACCUCUUGCCAUGCCGCUUACUCGAGUGGAAGUUUGUAACGGUUCAACGACUUCCUUCUGGUAUGACAAGUGGUCUCAGUUGGGGGUGAUCAAUUUAACUGGUGAAAGGGGUUGUAUAGAUCUUGGGGUCUCGAUACACGCUAUGGUGGAGAGGGCGGUCCAAUCUUACCGAAGAAGAAGGCACAUAACUACUGUCCUGCUGCAAAUUGAGCAAGAGAUUUUGAGGCUCAGAGCUCUAGGCCUCAGCCAGCAGGAUGAUAUGGCUCUUUGGAAACGGGAGAAUGAUGUAUUCCAACAAGGUUUCGAGUCUUCCCAAACGUGGAACCUGAUCAGAGCGCAAUCACCUCAUGUUCCAUGGUUCAAAGGGAUCUCGUUUAAAGAAGCUACUCUCAAGUUUUCCUUCCUCACGUGGUUAGCUGUACACAACAGACUAUCAACUGGGGAUAGGAUUCUCAAGUGGAACCCUCAAGCUUUCUCUAUCUGUUGGCUGUGCAAAACAGCUACUGAAACGAGAGACCAUUUAUUUUUUGAUUUCUCUUUCUCCAAGGAAGUUUGGAUUGUAACAAUCAGAGGCCUGGCAGGUGUAGGUGUACCGGCCCAAUGGUCUGUCCUAUUGCAAAGACUGGUGACUGGUCUACAAGAUAGUACCAAAACUUCCUCUUCCGCUACUGACAGCCCAUGCUAUUUGGCAUGAGAGGAACACUCGCCGGGUGGGAGAAAGCCAUCAAUCCCCUGCUCGCCUUCUUAGUCAUUUGGAUAAGAUGAUUAGAAACAUGAUCUCUUCCUUACGAAAGCAAGCGGGAGGCAGACAUGAAAAAGCCAUGGAGAUAUGGUUUGGGAGUAGAUGAUUCUUUCAUUUUUUCCUUUUAAAAGUUUCUAUAAGUUUCUAUAGGCUUAUUUUCUACACAAAGUAGCAUUAGGUUGUACAAAAGUUUUUGAAGUGAAUAAAUUUAAAAUUCUUAAAAAAAAAAAGUCAUCGUUCAUCUUUUUCCAUUUUAAUGUAUUUGAACACUAUACUAGUCUAUCUAAGAUAACUUCAACCUUUUGAUGGACCCAUAAUCUACAUACAAUUUACUUUUUCAACAAUGUAAAUACACAUUUCUUUGACCAUGUCCAAAUCGAGUAACUUAAACUCGAAGUCAUCUCACGUUAUCAAGACUCGUUCCUUUGACAUCCACAUCCAUCGUGUAUAUCCCAUCCGAAAUUGUCUAUCUUUCACGUAUACGAUAAACUUCUAUAAACGUACUCAUCAAUUUCAAUAACUUGCUUAUUCUUUAAAGCGAUGAUGCUAGUAAUCCAAACUGCUAAAAGGAAUCAAAACUGCACCGUAAACUGCUAAAAGGGUUCUCAUAAUUGCUUUCAAGUAAAGAAACAACAAUGAUUGAUAUAUGUAAAAUAUUUGUAUUCCUUCUCUCAUUUUUCUAUGAGAAUACAAGAGGGCACUAUUCAAUAGAUGAUUUGUAAGGACUUGAUAAUAUCUACACUACAUGAAAAAUCUAACAAAGGAAUGACCAAAACAUUAAAAAUUAUUAUGACGAAUGAUCAUACUAUUAUUUAGCAGAUUGUUUUUUAUUCGGUAAACCGCACUUGUAUCCAGAGCCUGUCCACUAUACGUCUAUUAAGUGGAUCUCCAGGCAGGAUAUGAUAAGAUUAUUUUUUAGGGGGGAAUACUACCAGAAACUAUUACACACAUAUAUAGCUUAUUUUAGUACCAAAAUAGAGUAUACAAGGAGCUUGGUUUGAAUUAUGAAGCUGUUAACCUUUUCACGUUUUCCAUUGGGAUAAUAGACCACACUUUUACUUCUGGACAUGUAAUUUUCUUGAGAAAUUUCUGGACAUGUAAUUAUUAGGACCGUAUUUGUUUGUUUGUAAACUUUGUUAGUUAUACAUCUUUCGAGUACUAGAACUUUCAACUAAUUUUCCAGUAUUUAAUUGCAUCUUCCUUUAAUGUUUUUAUCUAACGUGUAAAUGAUUUUUUUUUCUUUCUAAUGUGUAAUUUCUGUAAAGCCACCUUCAUUAUGUAUUAUUUCCUUUUUAUAAAAGUGAAUUUUCCAUCAGAUGUUUAUUUGUUCCAAAUAUAUUUCUAAAGAACUCCUUCACAAGUUAAAAGUACUUUUUAACCACCGUGUAAUGUUGUUACAAAAAAAAAAAAAAAAAACCCGCCGUGUAAUGUUAUUUCAACCGAACAUCCCCAUAUAUAUAUUGACCAUUUAACCUAAGCCUGGAGAGAAACCCCUAGAAUUUCAAAAGAAUUUCAACAGAGAGAUUAAACAAUAACGAUGUUAAGGCAAACAGCGAGAAGGUCUCUUUUAGGGAUUUUUUCAUGAAACUCUAAACCAUUCCCUAUUGCUUCUCGAAUGUACCAUCCAAUUGUGAUCGACCAUUUUGAUAAUCCCCGAAACGUUGGAUCAUUCAAUAAGAAUGAUCCUAACGUUGGCACUGAAUUUGUAGGAGCUCCUGCCUGUGGAGAUCUAAUGAAGCUUCAGGUUAAGUUUGAUGGUUCCGGUAAAAUCGUUGAUGCUCGAUUCAAGACCUUUGGUUGAGGCUCCGCCAUUGCCGCUUCCUCCCUUGGUAUCGCGACUGAAUGGGUCAAGGGAAAAUCCAUGGAGGAAGUCUUAACCAUAAAGAACUCGCAAAUCGCAAAGCAUCUAUUUUUGCCACCGGUAAAGCUACAUUGCAGUAUGCUCGCAGAAGACGCCAUCAAAGCAGCAGUUAAAGACUACCAGAAGAAGCAAGCCGAGGCUAAUGGAGAAACCUUUAAGGCCUGAUUACACCAAACUGUAUUUUGGAUCAUGAGAUGAAACUGAGGGAUGUAAUCGAAGAAGAGUUUUCAACUUAUUGUUAUGUUUGGUUGAUCUAGUUUUGAGCUGUACUUGUUAAGUGGCUCUGAUUUAAACAUAUAUGAGGAAAAGUUGAGUUGUUCUGAUUUUUUUUUCAACAAGUGGUUCUGAUUUAAACA